AUGACGCAGCCAGGCGACGGAGAGCCCUUGGUCUCCUCUCUGUGGACCAGGUCCCUUUUGUCCGGCGCCGUUGCAGGCCUCACGGUCGACUGCUCCCUCUACCCUCUGGACACCAUUAAAACCCGUCUGCAGAAAGCACGCGACCUCUCCACACCCCAAGCUCCCCGCCUGUCCCUGCGUCAAACGAUCCGCGGUAUCUAUGCCGGUCUACCUUCUGUUCUCUUUGGCUCAGCGCCCUCGGCCGCCUCAUUCUUCAUCGUCUACGACGGCGUCAAGCGCUCUCUUCUUCCUCCGUCCAACUCCUCCGACACCCCUUCGACCACGCAUGUCUUCCUCACCCACUCCCUCGCCUCCUCCCUUGGCGAGAUCUCUGCGUGCGCUGUUCGCGUGCCCACCGAGGUGAUCAAGCAGCGCGCGCAGGCCGGUCUCUUCGGUGGCUCGAGUCUGCUCGCGCUGAAGGAUAUCCUCUCUCUUCGCCACGAGGUGCCGCACACGCCGGGCUCGGCCGGAUCCAGCGCGGCUGCGUCUACCGCGACACUGAAGCGUGGCUACGGCCAGGUCAUUCGAGAACUGUACCGCGGCGCGGGAAUCACCAUCGCCCGUGAGAUUCCAUUCACUGUCCUGCAAUUCACCAUGUGGGAGUCGAUGAAAGCUACCUAUGCGCAACGGUAUCUCCGCGCAGGAGACGUGUCCGGAUCGUCAUCGUCACCCUCGGCCCCAAUGGCGCAAAUCCCCGCCUCGACCAGUGCCAUGUUCGGUAGCGUAGCUGGCGCCAUUGCCGCCGGUCUGACGACACCGCUCGACGUGAUCAAGACACGGGUGAUGCUGGCGCGGCGAGGAGACGGUGGAUCUGCACCGGUGCGCGUUAAGGAGAUUGUUCGAGGCAUUGCGCAAGAGGGCCUUGGUGCGUUUUGGCGAGGCAUUGGGCCCCGCGUUGCCUGGAUCGGUAUUGGCGGAGCUGUCUUCCUAGGCAGUUAUCAGUGGGCGUGGAACACACUAGAAGGAGCAAAGGAGCGCGAUGAUGGACAUUUGGGGUCGGCUAUUUAA